CAUAGCUAUGGAAAAAUGCCCUGGUAGAUACUGUGGAAGGAGGCUACUAGAGAAUGGUUCCCUGGGUGACUGUGGGGCCUGUGAGUGGGGCUAUAAAGCAGUGAAUUCACUAUGUACUCUGUGUGAAGAUGCCCCAACAUUCUAUGACUGGCUCUAUCUUGCCUUUAUGCUCAUUGCUACACUUGCUCUUCAUUGGUUCUUUAUCGACUACACAAACAAGAAAAAAAGUCGAGGUCUGAUUGUACUUCAUAUAUCUGCUCUACUGGAAUGUGUGCUUGCUGCUAUCUGUGCCCUGCUUGUUAUGGACCCGAAAGGCUCACCAAGAAUCAGGUCAUGCAAUGUCAACAAGCUGUCAGACUGGUACACCAUGCUGCAUAAUCCCCAUCCAGGCUAUACUACUACACUGCAUUGUACACAGGAGGCUGUUUACCCAUUGUACACCAUUGUAAUGAUAUUCUUGACCUUUGACCUGGUGAUGUUGAUGCUGGUGCGCCCUCUAUUGUCCACACUUUGUGUUAAGAGGAAAGGAACGGGGUCCAUAUAUGCUGCAUUGUACUUUCUACCCAUACUAGUUGUUGUCCAGGCUGUAUGUGGAGGCCUCAUUUAUUAUUCUUUCCCCUAUAUUACCCUUGUUGUGUCAGUGAUCACCAUAGCGAUGCAUUUUGCAAGCUUUCAAGAACAGGAGGCGAAGUCUCUUCUCAAAGUUAAUGCAACAAACCCCAGAAACAUUUUUAUCAUUCUUGGCCACUGGGUUAUUCAUGCUUUUGGAAUAGUUGCUGUUACACAGUUCAAGGAGCCUUUACUGCAUGGACCCCUCCUACUGGUCAUUCCAGUUCCAGCUAUUUAUUAUCUACUGACUGUUAAAUUUACUGAACCAUCUAGUAUCCUGGAGGAUCAAAGCCCUCUAAUGAAAGACAAGUUCGAACCACGUGCUUGUGACGUAAAAGGCGCCAAAAAAUGUCCUAAGGGCUAUAGCUGUGAGGUUAUUAACAGGGAUAAGUCAAGUGUCUGUUGUAAGAGUGCUUCUUGUAUUGAUGAGGAUGGGGUGAAACACGAGCCUAAGUCACCAAAGUGGCUUAGUAAACAUGAUAGGUGUAACUGGUGUCGCUGCAAGACUAAUGGAGUUAUUAAUUGUACGGAUAAAGCGAAAUGCCGAAAGAACGAGGCUCGUUGUCAUACACCCUGUCUUGGGAAGAAAGGUCCAGCAAGUAGUUAUUCCCCGUGUAUAGCGGAGAAAUGCACCAUCAGAGCGCGUGUAAGACCGUGUCUCAAUGAGGCUCCAUUCAGUGAGACCGUCUGCUCAAAUCACGUUAUUGAAUUCAAGAAAUGUAACGCAAAGAAGUGCGCCAGGCCUGGGAAGAAACUAAAAGAAGAAAAACAUCAUUUACAUUUUCGGAUAAUAGGUGGCACUGAAGUAAAACCGCCCCAUAAUUGGCCCUGGUUAGUAAACAUUAAUGUAAAAGGUUGCAGCGGGGCAGUUAUAAGUCCAAUACAUAUUCUGACAGCGGCACAUUGUGUUAUGGACUAUAAUAACCUAAACGGAAUUAUUGUUAAAACAGGAAAACAUGAUAUGUCUAAAGUUGAACAUCUAGAACAGAAAAGAAACGUCCGAGCUGAGAAUAUAAUGGUCCACGAGGACUAUAGUCUCUGGGACAAUGAUAUAGCUAUAAUUAGAGUGAACCCGCUUGUGUUUGAUAAAGGAACUCAGCCAAUUCUCCUCCCUAAGGACACAGAAGAUGAUACAUUCCUUGAGGGUACCUCCCCCGGGACGAGGUGUGUCGUUGCAGGGUGGGGACAGGCUAAUGACACAGAAGACAGUUUUUCUAACGUACUGAGACAGAUAGAUCUACGGGUGCAGAAAUGUGACAUGUCACAAGAUGAUUAUGAUUAUGUUUCUGAUAAUGCAUUCUGCGCACAUAGAUCAAGCAGGGCAGUAUGUUACGGUGAUUCUGGAGGCCCAUUCAUGUGUUCCGAAGAUGGCUCUCAUUGGAUACAGUACGGCAUAGUCAGUUGGGGACUGGACUUGUGCGAGCGAUCGACAGUUUAUAUGAAAACGACAAAAUAUCUGAACUGGAUCAAUAAGAAGAUCGCAACAAAUGGAAGAUGGGGUAGUUUCAGCUCAUGGACCGAAUGCACACCUUGCCCAAGUGGUUAUAUGUCUCGUGUACGGGUGUGCACAGAUCCAGAGCCUAUUGGCAAUGGAAGGUGCCCUGGGGCUGAUGGGCUGGAGUAUGUAGAUAAAGAGACCGGCUAUAUUGUAGAUCUUGUCACUGUUAAAUGUACUUCCAUUGUCACAUUCCACACAUUUAGAAGAGUGACAACUUCCAGGAUGUUGCUAAUGCUAGCAGAUGAACACAAGGGACACCUUGCGUUUCUAUCAACAGUACCGGUUGAAGUUGUAACAGAGUUCUGCAAGAUUGCUGUCAAGUUUAUCCGCAAUGGAAGUAGCAGUAAAGUCUACCAAGCUGCAGCAAAUAAGCUUGGUGUGGAAGUUGAAAUCGUUGAACACUGUGUGCAGGGACUAAUGCAUCUCUUAACAGAGAGUACUAAAGUUUUGAUUUCAGAUAUGGAUUUUCAAGAUUCUAUUCUUACAUUGGGAUUCUCAGAAGAUCUACAGACACAACUUUUACAACUUUAUAAAGACAAUAAAACAGAAAUAAGAAAUAUUUUAAAAGAAUUGUCCAUGGAUUUGCCACAUUACCACAACCUUGAAUGGAGGUUCGAUGUUCAGCUUGCUAGUAGGUCACUGCGACACCAGAUAAAUCCCACGAUUCUUUUUAAACUACAUACAAAAUAUGGCGAAAGCAAAGAAACUACAAUACUACAAACAGACCCUGUAAAUCUAGUCCAUCUCACAGACACUUUAGAUCAAGCUCUGCAAGAGAUUAAAUCUGCCCAUUGUCGGAGAAUUCUCCGUAAUAUCUAAAAUAAUGAACUAGGAAGAUUGUUGGUGUCAUGAUGGCUGUACAUUAUCAUUAUCAGUUUUGUAGCCACUAUGUCCCUUUCUUGUAAAAGUUUAUCCAGAAUUAUUCUUUUUUCGAGCCAGAUUUGCUAAAAAUUUGGCUUGAACUAAUGCAAAUAAUUCAAAGUGGAGCCUUUUGGAAAAAUGAAAAAAUUGACAAGUUGUCACCUUCAACCAAAUAAAAAUUGACCACAGUCAUUUUAUUCAUGGGUGUUUAUCAGGCACUAAGGUAAAGUAAGGAAUUGCUUUAAGCUUAUUACAGGAAGACUCUAUCACUCCCAAGAGUUUCUACAUAAAACAUAUCAGUAAUGGAACACGCCAUAGGUCUAAGUACUUUAAUCUACUAACUGUGAUUGUUGCCUAAUUUAUCUUGUUAUAAAGACGCCCUAUCAAGCAAAUGUUCCAGUCUUUAAUUCAAUAAGUCUCUCUACUGAGAAUUGAUUUUUGUUUAGUAGAUACUUAUAAUGUAGGGUUCCUGAAGAUCUGGAAAUGUGAGCGGAAUGUACUUCUAUUUCCAGCAACUGGAAAUAGCAACGAGGUGAUUUGAAUUUAGGCCAAAAAGCUAAUAGACUAGACUGUUAGGAAAUUUUCAAAUACAUGUAAUAAAAUAUGUCAGGGAAAAAUGUCAGAACUUCUGUAUCAGAGCUGGAAAAUUAGGUUAAAUUGAUAAAAGUAGCAUAUUUAUAAGUUAUUGAUAGAU